CCCAGCGAGGAAGGGCACGCGCGAGACCGUCCCAGUUGCACAGAGAGAUCCAGGCGGGAGCGAAACCAGACGUGGCUCCGGCUCGCGGUCGGCGCGAUGAACCGCCUGCCUCCCGGCUCGGAUUGCCGCGGCCCUUGACCAGAAAGGGGAGGUUUGCUUUCGCUUUGGCUUGGAGCGGCGAGCUCGAGAGGGGGGCAGAGGAAGGCUCGCUGCCCGCCCCCCCCAGUGCGAGGAAGGGCUCGGAGGCUCCUGACUUUUCAAGGCUGCCAACCCUUCUCUGGGUGAAGUGGGGGGUCAGGAGUUCUCGAGGAGGGAAAUCUUUUCAUGGCUCCCCCUCUCUCCCCCCAGCUCUUAAGACUUCCAGAUCCUCUCGGGCUGCUCUUUCAAGAGACAUGUUGUUAAAGGCGUCCUUCUCGGCUGUUUUUCUUUGCUGUUUUUAAAGGGGUGGUGGUGGUUUGUUUGGGUUUCUUUUUGCAACCAAUAAGGACUCACCGGUGCUUCAGAAACCUCCCGAAGAACUGCGAUCGGCGGGCCUGUUUUCGAGCUUUCCUGGGCUCUUCCUUCUGGGCUGUGUGUGUUUGUGUGCGCGCGUUUCUUCCGCUGAUCCUGCAUCCCUGAAAAAAAACCCGAAGAAGGCGGAGGUGAAAUUGACUCGCCAGAGCGCCCGGAGGAGGGCGAGGUGAAAUUGACUAGCCGCCGCCGCCUGAGAUUUUAAGGGGAGGUGUGUGCUGGGUGGGGGGGAUUGAAAUUGACAAGCAAGCAACCGCCUCCCCCCAACUCCCAACCCCUCCCUUGCUGGAGGAAACGCUCUUUUCUCCUGGAUUUGUGGAUGUACUGAUGAGAGAUCCAGCAUUCCCGGGGACUGCCAUGGCGUACCACCCAUUCCACGCGCCCAGACCGUCAGAUUUCCCCAUGUCUGCCUUCUUAGCGGCCGCUCAGCCUUCCUUCUUCCCGGCUUUGGCUCUACCUCCGGCCGCUCUGACGAAACCUUUGCCGGAUCCCAGCCUGGCCGGGGCCGCAGAAGCGAGUUUGCACGUCUCCGCUCUGGGGCACCAUCACCCAGCGGCUCAUUUGAGGUCGCUCAAGAGCCUGGAGCCGGAGGAAGAGGUGGAGGACGACCCCAAAGUGACGCUCGAAGCCAAGGAACUUUGGGAUCAGUUUCACAAACUGGGGACUGAGAUGGUUAUCACCAAAUCGGGAAGGCGAAUGUUUCCCCCUUUCAAAGUGCGGGUGAACGGCCUAGAUAAAAAAGCCAAAUAUAUUUUGUUAAUGGAUAUUGUGGCUGCGGAUGACUGUCGCUAUAAAUUCCACAAUUCCCGUUGGAUGGUGGCUGGGAAAGCCGACCCCGAGAUGCCCAAGCGCAUGUACAUCCACCCGGACAGCCCGGCCACCGGGGAGCAGUGGAUGGCCAAACCAGUCGCCUUUCACAAGCUGAAACUGACCAACAACAUCUCGGAUAAGCACGGAUUUACCAUCCUGAAUUCGAUGCACAAAUACCAGCCGCGAUUCCACAUAGUCCGGGCCAAUGACAUUCUCAAGCUACCCUACAGCACCUUUCGGACUUACGUCUUUCCCGAGACCGAUUUCAUAGCCGUGACUGCUUAUCAAAACGACAAGAUCACGCAGCUGAAGAUUGAUAACAACCCUUUUGCAAAAGGAUUUCGAGAUACCGGAAAUGGCAGACGAGAAAAAAGAAAGCAGCUCUCGCUCCCCUCCCUGCGGAUGUACGAGGACCAGUGCAAGCCGGACCGAGACGGAGGCGAAUCGGACGCGUCUUCCUGCGAACCGGCCCCGGUGCGGGACCCGCUCCAUUCCCCGCUGAGCACGGCGCCCAGUCCCCUGAGGCUCCAGCGCAACAGCAGAGAAGACAAAGGCAGUGAUCACGAGUUGGACAAACCCCCUGAAGGAAAGAGACCCAGUCCUGACCUGGAAAACUGCAGUCCCCGCAGCAGCAGCAGCCCCCGCUUGCUGGGGGACGAGAGAAGUCGCGCGGGCAAAGCCAGCGAGAAUUCCUUGCCCAAAGAAGGCAUCGGGGAAGGAGCCCUACUCAGCUCCCUGGGCCUGGAGAAAGACAAAGUGGAGGGCCGGAGGAAAGAGCCGCAGCCGCCGCCCCUGCAGGAAGGCUCCAAGAAGGAGGCCCACAGCGAUUGCUCUCCCUUGGGGGGCGGCAAGGAAUCCUUCGCCCCACUGAUGGUACAAACUGACAGCCCUCCGCAGCUGAGCGCAGGGCACCUGCAGAGUUUGGCACUCUCGGGACUCCACGGGCAGCAGUUCUUCAACCCGUUAAGUGCCGGGCAGCCCUUCUUCAUCCAUCCGGGACAAUUUGCCAUGGCUCCAGGGGCCUUCUCGGCUAUGGGCAUGGGACACUUGCUGGCCUCCGUGGCAGGCGGAGGGAGCUUGGAGAAUGGCGCCUUGGCUGCCACGCAAGGGGCAGCGGGCACAGCGACCCCCUUCCCUUUCCACCUCUCUCAGCACAUGUUGGCUUCUCAGGGAAUCCCGGUUCCUACCUUUGGAGGACUUUUUCCUUACCCCUAUACUUACAUGGCGGCAGCGGCUGCGGCUGCAUCCGCCAUACCGGCCACCAGCGCUGCCACCGCUAGCUCGUUAUCCCGGAACCCUUUUCUGAGCAAUGCCCGUCCUCGCCUGCGUUUCAGCCCCUACCAGAUCCCGGUUGCCAUCCCGCCCAGCACCAACCUUUUAACCACUGGUUUGCCUACUAGCUUGAAUGCCGGCUCAGAAGGUUCAAAGCCUGGAAGCAGCAGGGAGUCUAGUCCCCUCUCAGAUCUCCCCAUACACAAAUCCAGCAGCCAGCGGGCCUCUUUGUCCCCCAAAGGGUCCCUGAAGGAUUCCAUCAACGAGCUCCAGAACAUCCAGAGACUGGUCAGUGGUUUAGAAACCCAGAGGGAGGUAUCUCCAGGAAGGGAAUCUCCCAAAUGACUGCCCCUGGAGCCAGCCUGUUCAACAGGGCUGAGACAGGAUGGGGGACAAAGGUGUACAGCACAGUAUAAAUAUUUAUUUUUUAAAAAAGGAGGUGGGGAAAUUGAUACGGUGUGGGGGGAGAGAAAGAAGGACAACCAGGUGGAUCAAUAGCUGUAGGAGGUAUAGGAGUCCAAUGUAUCACGAAGCAGAAAAAGUAUGGGAGAACAUUGGGAUAGAGCCACGUUCUGGAGACUGUCCCCUCCACAAGCUCCCCCAAACACACAUCUCCCGGCCCUGGUUCUGGUGGAAUAGUCAGAGACUGCCCUUCUCUUCCACCACGUCAGCCUGAAAUAGACAUCUUCAGCGGUCGAAUGGGGGUCUCAGGCCCACAGUGUAAAUAACCAGCUGCCUGACUUGUGGCUGAUCUGGACCGUCACGGCAGGAGGUGAUCCAGAUUGUCUAAUUCUAACUUUUUUUUAAAAGCAACACUGCCGGAGAGGCGUUUUGCUAUUUUCUAUGUCAACAGACGGAUUUUCUGAAACAUGGAUUUUGUUGUCAUUGUCUAAAACAAACCAAGCUGGAGGGGAAAUGCCGUGUACUCUGUGGGACAGUCCGUAAGAUGACAGCAACAUUUCUAGAGAUGAUGUCCACCCACCACUCUUGGAAGGCCAUCAAAAAAUUCAGAAUUGGUACAAUCGGUGUGAUGAACCCUUCCCCCCCUUUUUUCUUUUUGGACUCUACCUGUGUACCAGAAACGUUUUUUUUUUAAAAAAACCCACAUAAUAUUUAUGGAAUAAAUGGUAAUUUUGUGUAAAUAAGCUAUACAGAUUCCCCAAAUAUGCAAAAAUUGGUAUUAAUUUAUUCAGAGUUGUACAUUGGAAUGUACAUAAUUAGAGUUUAACUCAUCACAUUUAAUUGUUCUCUCUUUUCUUCUCAAUUUUAUGUGAGCAUACAUAUUGUAAAUGAAGACCUAUUUAGCUCUUUGUGAAUGGGAAAAGAUAUUGGUUUUCUUUUAUGUCUGAAAAAAAUAUUGUUUACCCCGCCUGUUUGAAGACUAUCAUGUGCCAUUGAUAAUAUUUUUAGGUUGUGUGAAAAAGGAAGAGGUUGGAAUCAUUUUAAGGGAUUUCUACAAGGACCAUCAAUUACUCCCUCCCUCCACGUAUAUCAUAAUCACAAUUUAACAUUGAAUGAAAAUCUCUUUUACAGUGCGGGGUAUACAAAAAUUGCAGGAAUUAAACCUCAGGAUUUUAUUUUCACUCCAGAACAACAACAACAAAAGAAAAAAAAUCCCCAACCCUUAAAACUAUACGAAGAUUUAAAAUAUCACAUGGACAGUGUGCUAUAUACUUGUUUUAAUUUUUUUAAAUGACUAGAAAUGUGCUGGUUAUUCGGGUAUCUGUUCAAUUUUUUUGAUGAGUUCUCACAACUUUCAAUAAAAAAUAUUCAAAGAACA